AUGCAUCCCGAGCUGGACUUCCUGGAUGAAUGCCUGUGUACGCUGCGCCACGUACGAGGCACAUCUACGCCAGUGCUACCGAGUCCAGUGAUGGAUGCACCUGACGCGCAGUUAGAUCUACAAAGUGUGCAUUCACAGUCGUUUGUGGCCGCACUUCGACUGCGUCCUGUAUCAAACGAUGUGUAUGACGCUCUCAUCGACCUUUAUGAGCGAGUUCUCGAGCAGUUGAAGCGCAUGUACAUGGACCACUUUCAUGACGCUCAAAUGCGCUGGGGCUCGGCCCGCCAGCGAGUCUUGCCACAAAUCCAGCGCCUGUUUGAAGUCCAGUGCCAAAUGGCAGCACGAGAUAUGCAAAAGGCCAUUUUAUCGCUCGUGGACGACAGACUCAAGACGUUUGCAGCUGAUGCAAAUGCACCGCAUGAAACACAUCGACCGCAUAGCGUGCGUGCAACAGCCAUUCUGGAGCGUGCAUUUGCACAUGCACCCAACAUAACGCAGGCAGAGAAGUAUAAAUUGGCUCAAGCCACGGGCCUUCAGCCACGGCAAGUGACAAUUUGGGUACAACAUGCGUGUACUGACAACCCAUUGCAGUUCCAGAAUCGACGCAAUCGACGUGCUCAUGCUCGGCGUGCGGCGAUUGUUGACUCUGGGCUUGUUUCGCCCGAGCCGGAGCUUCCACCCCCGCCGCGACUGGAGGCACCGCCGCCACCACCGUCAGUGGCGGCUGCACGGGUGGGACAAACAGAUGAUGGCAAAGAUGACAUGCUUGUCGAGGGUGAGGAGUCAGGCGCAUCAUCUUUGUCGGAUUGGGCAAGUGCCACGACAGUGCCAAGUGAUUCGCUUAGCUUCGACGCACCGAUUCGUCCGUUCGGCUCGUCUUCGCCUGCACAACUUGCGAACUCGACAUUCUCUACCUCACCAUUGUCAACAACAUCUUCACUUAUCCUGCAUGCUUCCCAGCCGCACAUGUCACCACAGAUGCAGACACAGGCGCAGAUGACGCCCGUUCCACAAGCUCACACACAGACUCAGGCCCAGGGUCAUACACAGCUUCCCAUACAAGUGGCUUCUCAUCCGCCGCCGCCCUCAAUACCACUGCAAUCGCAAGCAUCCAUGUCGAUGACUCCGUUCCAAGCUCCAGCGAGUCCUGCCACCUUGUCAACGGCGGCAACAGCAACGAAUACAACGACCAGGGCAUCAUCAUUGUCUUCGACAACGACAACUUGUAUGCCCUCUGCAUCGACGGCACCCAUCGUCUCACUCGAUCAGUUGCUGGAUCUCGACAAUGCGCGGCAGUGUCUUGUUUUCAGCCCGCUCGAUUUGUUGCCGCGCUUGGACUUUGACGACUUGCGACUUGAUGUGCCAACAAUUGAAAACUGGCUUGGUUUGCCAUCCACACCAGGCGUAUCAUCUCUUCACGUGCCGCCGAUCAGUGCGGGUGCAAUGAGAUCGGCCAAACUAGCGCUGUCGCAACCACUUAAUGCGCCAGACGAGCUCAUGGGACGAGCUGCCGAUGAGGGCUGGUCCCUGUCUGAGCAACUAACGCCUCUGUGGAAUGUGCCAACGGAUGCUCAUCGGUUAAGUGACCUGUCUUUGCGCAUCGAUGGCACCAUGCUUCGUCGCGAUAGUGUGAUGAAGGCAGAGCGGAUGGCACCACCCCCAUCUGCGCCGCUUACGACCCAGUCAUAUCCACUCCCACUUUCAGCACGCUGGAAUCAUGACGCCAUAGCUCCCAAUGUGCUUACGUGGGAUCUUUCACGUGGUAUUUCGUCAACUUUAGUGCCUUAG